CUGUCCUCGCGGGGCCGGGGCGGAAGCGGAAGUGACGCGCGGGGCGCGGCGCCAUCGCUGUCAUGGCGGGCAGGGGGGCCGCCCGCGUCCCCGAGCGGUGGACAGACUACAUCCCCCUGGGCAGGAGGAUGCCAGGAACCCGCUUCAUUGCCUUCAAGGUGCCCCUGAAGAAGAGUUUUGACAGGAAUCUCCUUCCAGAGGAGAGGUUUUCCCCUCGUGACCUCAUCAGGAAAGUCAGGGAGAGGAAGGAGGAGCUGGGGCUGAUCAUCGACCUCACCUACACCAGGCGCUACUAUGGGCCAGAGGAGCUCCCAGCCACACUCUGCUACUCGAAGAUCCUGACCAUGGGCCACGAAAUCCCAAACAAACAGACCAUUUUCCAGUUCAAAUGUGUGGUAAAGAAGUUUCUGAAUGACAACAAAGACAAUGACAAACUCAUUGGGGUUCACUGCACCCAUGGCUUGAACAGGACUGGAUACCUGGUGUGCAGGUACCUGAUUGAUGUUGAAGGCAUGGAGCCAAACGCUGCCAUAGAGUUGUUCAACAAAUCCCGAGGGCAUCCCAUAGAGAGAACCAACUACCUCCAGGAUCUCAGGAACAGAGCUGGGAAAAAGAAGUGUGGACUGAAGAGUUUGGGCUCAGGCCCCUUCAGAGAAAAAAGCAGUGCCCCAGCAAACCCCAGAAAGCAGAUGGUCAAAGCCCACCCUCCUCGCUCGGCCCAGCCCCCCCUGGCAGUGCCCAGCUGGGCGUUCUCCCAGGAUGUCCCACCUUUCAGGAAAAGGCACCAGGAAUGCUGGCAGUGCCAAGAGGAAGCACCAGCCCAGCCCCACGGCCCUGGCACAGCCCCUGGGUUUGGGACACGGGCAGGAGGCCCCGGAGCAGAGGAGGAUGUGCAGCCUGGCCUCCAGGAACUGUUGGGUGUCACCCAAGGGACUCUCUUUCCCCCACCCCCAGAAUUCCCAGAACUCCCAGAAGGCCACACCUGCCAGGAAGCGCCGGCACCGGCGCAGGAAACACGUGAGGACGGAGCAGGGAAUGUCCUGACAGGGCCCAGGGAAUGUCCUGACAGUGCCCAGGGAGUGCUGUGCUCCCAGGGAGUGCUGUGCUCCCAGGGAGUGCUGUGCUCCCAGGGAAUGCUGUGCUCCGGGACAGCCCGUCCAUGGACUCGUCUCUGCCCCGAGGGAGCGCCGGGAUGGGGCUGGAACGGCUGGAACGAGGGGCUGGAACUGCCAGGAACUGCCAGCCCGGGGGUUGCUCAGCUCAGCAGGGCUCUGCUUUUUAAUUUUUCUCUCUUUCCUCAACCCCCCCCCCCCCGAUGAUUUUAUGGAUCUCGCAGGAAUUUUCUACUCUUACACUGUAACUCCACUCCCAGAGGGAUGUGAGGAAUAAACAAAGACUCAGAGCUGGGAGAAUCCUAAAAGAACACCCCUUAACCUUCAACAGAAAGAGCUUUUCUUGGUUUCCUCGAUAUAUGACAAGAAAUAGGAUUUGGCCUGAAAAUAUAUGAUUUUUCUUUCCCUCCUUUUCACUCAUUUUUGCUGAAGUAAAAUCCCUGCAGCGUGUAAAA